ACUGUGGGAAAAGGAUUACCCAGGCACAGAGGUAAGAGAGUCUCUCAGCCUAUUGAAGAAUGUCAUAAAUAAAGGGCGGGGCAGGGCGGGGCACACCGUUGCUAAGGUAUGCUUGGCAAGAGGCUUCCAUAACACUUCGGCUCCUGCUCAGGGUAUGCCAGUGGUGCCCCUGCAGCUCAAGUCACAGUGUCCGGUAAUCCCUGUAUAUCAUGACCCAGCUGUGCCUGUGGGUCCCCUGGCUCCUCUUUGUGUGGCAACCUUUGUGGCUACUAGUCCAGGCCACCAAACCUUGGCAGAGGACCCAGGACCCAGUCCAGCUGACUUUGGACUCCUCAGGGCUCUCAGAGUCCUCCGUUUCACACUUUUCUGAUCGCCCUCCUGGAUCACCCGAUGCCCUCACAGGGCCAGCAGAUCCUGGGGCCUUUGAUUACCUGGCCUCUUCUACUCCCUCACAAGCAUUGAUCCUGCCUAAAGAGAUGACUGAGGGUCUGGUUCCAUUCUUGGACUCGAAUUCUGCUCAAGAGCUGCCCCCACAACCAGAUCACCUUGAAGUUAUGUAUCAGGAUCUGAAUGACAAGCAACGUGGGCAACAAAGGCUCCCUAAUGUAGUUCAGGUGCUAGAUGGAGCUAUGCCUCCACGACUCAGGCGUAAGAUGGAAACUGCAGGUCUUGAUCAGGCUGUGGAUCAGUCAUUUGAAACGUUUGUUCCAACUCUAGAUAGUCUGAACUCAAAGGCAACCAAGUUGAUUGUUUCACCUCUGAAGUUGAAGAAGGAUCUAGCUCAGCAUCAGCGAGUUGCUGAGCUUGCUGGGAUGCCAGGCCAAUCUGCAAAGCCUCAGCAUCCAGAGUCUAUUCUGCAGGAUGAUUAUGAACAUCCUAGAAUGGAUACAGUUUAUCCUGACAUCUUACCUCUGGAAUUCCAGGGGAACCCACGUGAGCUGCGGGAGUCCUCUGAACAAAUGGAACCCUCUCAAUUUCAGCUAGAGGGUCACUCCUUUUCACUCCAACAAGAAGCCCCAGCUCAACAUCUACAGCACCUUGAAAAGGAAUACUCUCCCUCAACUCAGGAGGAGGCCCCACAUCAAAAACAACAGGCCCCUGAGGAGGCAAAACUUUCUUUAACUCAACAGACGGCUUCAGCUCAGAAUCAAGUUGUUCCUCAAGUUGGAGGUCAGUCAUCGGUGCACCAUGGAGUGAACACUCCAUCGCAAGGUCCAAAGGAAAAUCUCCACUCAGAUUUGCCCAGUGUCACAGCUAAGCCAGCAGAUAUGGGGCUUAUGGUAACACCAAAGGGACAUAUGGACGUUCAUCUUAUUCUAAACCAGCAUCAGACCACAGCAUAUACUGAAGGGCACCAUGAGGAGAUGAAAUCUUCCUCAACUCAAUCAAGAGCCCUGCAUCAGACCCCACAGGUCCCUGAGUUGGUGAGAUCUUCAACCCCACCAGCAGGCCCAGUUGAAGUGCUAAAGUCUCUGUUGGAGAAAAUAGCUCCGACCCCACUGGGUUAUGAGGCACAAGUUCAGCCUCAAACUCAGGAUCAAACUCAUUAUCAUGUUCCCAAUAUGACAUUUAAGCCUACAGAUAUGGGGGUUCCCAUAACUUCAGAGCCUACCAAAAAUGUUGAGUCUUCUUCAACCAAGAAAGUGAUCUUACCUCAGAUUCUGCAAGUUACUAUGGAGAGAAAACCUUCUCCCAGUAAACAGAAGGUACUAGAGCAUUAUGCUGAGUCUCCUAAACAGGCUAACCUUUUAGAUAAGCAAGAGGCCAUAGCUCAAUCUCCAGGUCCUCUUGUGGACCCUGAAUUUUUAUUCAAUGAGUACAAGCCACAGGUUCAGCAUUCUGCUUUAUCUGGGAGGGUUGAACCUUUUGGAAAACACUUGCAAACCCCCGCACAAUCUGAAAAGACCCCCGAGAAAAUCAAACUUCCAGACCAGCAGAAAAUCUCAGCGGCAAUACCAGAGUUUGGUAUCCAGAGUAUAACUCAGAGUCUGCCAGGACAUGGGGUAAUGAUUCAUUCCCCAGUACAGCAUCAGACUCAUGAUUAUGACAUUCCCAAUGUUGCAGGUAAGCCUGCAGAAGUGGAAGUUCUCACAACUACAAAACCUACCAGUAAGUUUGAAUCUUCUCUAAACCAGCAGGUAGUCCCUGUUCAGACUCUGGGAGCCCCAAUGGAAACAGGGCCUUCUGCCAAUGAACAGGAGAAACCAGCUGAGUAUGCCACAUCUCCUGUGGAGAAUGAUCCUUCUUUAGCUCAACAGAGAUACCCAACUCAGCCUCAAACUUCACUCGUGUACACCAAACUCUCUCCCAAAGAGCAGCAGGAGCUAGUUAAACCUACAGAGUUUCCUGAGCAGACUGAGCCUUCUGGUAGCCAGAUGGAAGCUCCAGCAAGGCCUUCAGAGCUCCCCGAGGAAGUCAAACUUCCAGUCCAAGAAGAGUUUCCAGCUCAAGCCUCAGAAUUUCCUACCCAGAAUAUAGCUGAAGCUCCAUUGAGUCAGGAGGAGACAGAUCAACCUCCAAGUCAGCAUCAAAAUCAUCAUGAUAACAUCCCCAGUGUUACAGUUAAACCUAUAUUUGUGCAAAUUACCAUAGCUUCAGAGCCUACCGAAAAGGUUGAAACUUCUCCAACCCAGCUGGAAGUGCCAGACCAGAUUCUGGGAGCUCCUGUGGAAACGCAGGCUUCAGCAAAGGAGAAUCCAAUGGACUAUGAGGAGUAUCCUGUGGAGACUGACCAUUCUUUAGCUCAGCAGAGACACCCAACUCAGCCUCCUGGUCCUCCAGUGGGCAGAGAAAGCUUAUCCAAGGAGUCAGAGCAGCCAGCUCCACCUUCUGUGUCUCCUGAAGCAAUUGAACCUCCUGGUAGCCAAAUGGAAGCUCCAGCAGGGCCUUCAGAGCUCCCUGAAGAGCUCCAAGAAGAGUCUCCAGCUCAAGCCUCAGAAUCUCCUUUCCAGAAUAUAGCUCAAGCUCCAUUGAGUCAGGAGGAGACAGAUCAACCUCCAAGUCAGGAUCAAAAUCAUCAUGAUAAUCUUCCCAGAGUUACAGUUAAACAUGUAGUUUGGCAUAUUACCAUAGCUGCAGGGCCAACCCAAAAGGUUGAAACUUCUCCAAGCCAUCAGGAACUGCCAGACCAGAUUCUGGGAGCUCCUGUGGAGAUGGAGCCUUCUAUCAAUGAACAGGAGAAACCAGCUGAGUAUGCAGAGUCUCCUGUGGAGACUGAACCUUUUUCAGACCUCCCUGAGGCUUCAGCCCAGCCUCCUGGCCCUUCGAUGGACACUGGACCUCAUCCGAGUGAGCUGGAACAGCCAGUGACACCUUCUGGGUUUUCUGAGGAAGUGGGACCUUCUGGAAGCCAGAUAGAAACCCUAGCCCAGCCUUGGAAGCCCAAGGAGGAAACUGAACCUCCAGGCCAGCAAGAGGUCCUAGCCCAAGCUCCUCAGACUCUGCCAGGUCAUGAGGUAGCAAAUGAAGUUGCAAAUCAAACUCAUGAUGGCAGCAGUCCCAGCGUUACAGUCGGAAUUUCCUCAUCCGCAGAUGUGGAAAUUAUGAUAGCUUCAGAGCCUACCCAAAAGGUUGAAUCUUCUCCAACACAGCAUGAGGUGCCAGCUCAGAAUCUGGGAGUGCCUGUGGAGACAAAACCUUCUGCCGAUGAACAAGAAAAGCCAGGUGGGUAUGCAGAGUCUUCUGUACAGGAUAAACCUUUCCUGGACCAGCAGGAGGCCCCAGCAGAGCCUCCUGCAUCUUCUAUGGACACUGAACCCUAUCCAAGUGACCAGAAGCUACCAGUGAAGCCGCCUGCAUCUUCUGAGGAGGCUGAUGCAUCUGGAAGCCAGCCAGGGACUGAACCCCAACCUUCUGAACCUGCUGAUAAAGUGGAAACUUCACCACCACCAGAGCAGGGACAACCUCAGUCUCCAGAGCAUCAGAAUGUGACCUCUUCACUUCCAGAAUACUAUGAUGAUUAUGACUCAGUUUUGUCCAGUUUUGCUAUUAAUCCUAUCUAUAUGCACCUUCCCAAAACAUCAGCACCUACAGCAGAGGCGGUGACUCCUCCAGUCAGAAAUGAGACUAUAGAUGAGUUCUCAGUCCCAUCGAGUGAAGUAAAUCCCAUAACCCGUCUGGAGGUCCCAACUCUUCCCACAGAACAUCCUAAAGCACUGAAAGUCUUGCCAAUUCAGCAGGAGGCUGCAGCUCAACAUCCAAAAGGUUUUCAGAUUGAGAAAUUGCUUUCAUUCAAACAGAAGGUCACAGCUGAGAAUUUACCAACCCCCAAGAAGGUUCAAGAUUCCCUGAUGCAACCAUCAGGGAUCUUUAAAGAAGUUGCAGCUCAACCUCCAGAGAAUCCCAACAAAAUGGUUUCUCCUCCAGGUCAUAAUCAAUUUCAGCAUCCAACACUGCACAGUAUCCCCUUUGAACUUUCUAAGUUUGCCAAUCAGUUUGAAAUCUCAACCCGCAAAGAUGCCCCAGCUCUGUUCACAAGGUCCUCUGUGCAGCCUGAGCCUUUGAAAGACCAGCUAGCAGACACAGCUCAGCAAUCACCAGUUGAUGCAGGGAUUCCAACGCAGCCCAAAGAAAUCAUUGAGGAUCCUUUUACAAGCAAACAGGAGAGUUCAGCUGUGCCUCACAAGCCCCCUGUGGCUGUUCAACAGUUAGCACACCAACAGGAACUUCCAACUCAGCCCUCCGCAUCCUCUGAGACUAGUGAUAUUUUUCCUUCACAGGAUAUGACAUUUUCACCUUUUGAUCCAGAAAUAACAUUUAAAAGUCAGUAUUUAAAGUCUUCUAAAACUACAGUGAAACAUGUGGAUUUUGAGCUUAACAUAACCCCAGAGCCCACUUCAGCAGAUCCAACUCCUCCAGCUCAGCAGAGGAAUCUUGCUCAACCUUCAGUUCCUACUGAGGAGGCUGAAUUUUCUCCAACCCAGCUUGACUUUCUUUCCCAACCUUCAGAACCACCCCCAAAGGCAGAAUCUUAUCCAGUGCAACAGGAGGCUCUAGCUCAACCACCAAAACCUUUUAAGCAGAUUGAAGCAUCUUCAGGAUACCCUUCAUGGCCUCUUGAGGCUAAGCCUUCUCCAACCCAACCAGAAGGCCCAUCUCAGCCUCUAGAAUCACCUAAAGAGACAGAACCAACUGUAGACCCCCGGGAGGCUGCAAUAACACUUUCAGAGGCUCGGAGGGAAGUGGAAUCUUCUCUUCCUCAGCAAAUGAUCCCAUAUUAUCCUGCCAAACUCCCAUAUCCAGUGCUGCAGGCAGCCCCAGCUCAGCAUCCUGAGGUCUCUCUUAUGAUGCAACCCUCUCCAGACCAACAGGUGGCUCUAGCUCCACCUCCAGAGCUCCCUGAAAUGGAACUAGCUCCCUUCCAGCAAGAGGCCACCUUUCAGCCUAUAGAGCCACCCAAGCAGAUGGCACCUUUUUCAGUCCCACAAGAGGCUCUAUCUCAGAUCCUAGAGCAUCUUGAGCAAGUGAAGUCAUAUCCAGCCCAGGAAAAAGCCUCAGCUCAACUCCAUGUUCCCACUAGAGUGGUUGAACAUUCCCCAACCCAACUGGUGGACCCAGCCCAGAUUUUAGAGCCACCCAAAGAAGUGGUAGCUCAAGGCUCAGGAUAUCAGAUGGCGAUAGUUCCAACACAAGCUCAGGAUCAAGCUUGGGAUCUGAAACCACCCAGCAUCACAUUUCAGCCUCUGCACCUGGAACUAAACAUAGCUCCACAACACAUUAUGGGUGGUGAACUUUCUGCAACUAUGAAAGAAAAAUCAAUUCAGUCUCCAGAACCACCAAAGGGAGUUGUGUCUCAGGCUCCAGUAUAUCAGGAGCAGACAGUUCAAACAGCCAGUCAAAAUCAAGCUCAGAAUCUCAUGUUGUCUAGCACUACGUAUGAACCUUUGGAACUGAAGCUUACUGUUGCUUCAGAACCCCAUGACUAUUUUACAGUUCCAGGGACGACCACAUCUCCAAAACUCCCUGAGGUGACACUUCAAUACCCAGAACAGGUUCAGACUCAACGUCCAAACCAGACUGAAGUCACAGUUGAACAGUUUGACCUUAAACUUAUCUACACUCAACAACUCAGUAAAGAGAAUGAACCUUUCCCAACCAUGCAGGAGACACAAAUUCAGCCUACAAAGCCUACAGAGACUGUGCCUCCACCCCCAGCAUAUUAUGAGAUGGCAGUUUCAACACCAGGUCAGGACCAGGUUCAACCUCCAGUGUCACCCAAUAUCACAGAUCAGUUUUUAGACCAAACACCUAUUAUUCCAGAAUCCACCUCAGAGUCUGAACAUGUUACAGCUAAGGAGCUGGAACUUAGCACAACUCCAGAACCCAGUAUGGUGGUUGAACCCUCUCCAACCACUCAGGAGACGCCCACUCAGCCUGCUACAAGUGUUGUUACCCAACCUCCCAUAAAUCAGGAGGGAACAUUUCCAACCCCAGGUCAGGAUCAGACUCAGCAUCUAGCAUCAACCAAUGUCACAGUUAAACCUUUGGGCACAGACCUGGAACUUACCAUAACUCCAGAACCCAGUAUGGUGGUUGAACCCUCUCCAACCACUCAGGAGACGCCCACUCAGCCUGCUACAAGUGUUGUUACCCAACCUCCCAUAAAUCAGGAGGGAACAUUUCCAACCCCAGGUCAGGAUCAGACUCAACAUCUAACAUCAACCAAUGUCACAGUUAAACCUUUGGACACAGACCUGGAACUUGCCUUAACUCCAGAACCCAGUAUGGUGGUUGAACCCUCUCCAACCACUCAGGAGACUCCAACUCAGCCUGCUACAAGUGUUGUAACCCAACCUCCCAUAAAUCAGGAGGGAACAUUUCCAACCCCAGGUCAGGAUCAGACUCAGCAUCUAGCAUCAACCAAUAUCACAGAUAAACCUUUGAACACAGACCUGGAACUUGCCUUAACUCCAGAACCCAGUACGGUGAUUGGACCCUCUCCAACCACUCAGGAGACUCCAAUGCAGCCUCCUAUGGAAGUUGUAACCCAACCUCCCAUAAAUCAGGAGGGAACAUUUCCAACCCCAGGUCAGGAUCAACCUCAACAUCUAACCUCAUUCAAGGUCACAGUUAAGCCUUUGGACCUAGGGGAAACUAUGACUCCCAAACCUAGUAUGGAGGCUGAAUAUUUUACAGCCGCAAAAAGCACAACAUCACUGCCAGUGCACUCUGAGUUAGUACCUCCAUAUCCUGAGCAAUUUAAGACUCUCUAUCCAAACAAGACUGGAGUCACAGUUAAGCCUCUAGACUUGGAAAUUCCACAGCCUACUAUAGAGUUUAACCCUUCUGUGACUAUGCAGGAGACUCCAGCUCAGCCAACAGAGGCACCUAAGGAGGUUGGAUCCCAAUCCCCAGUGUAUUAUGAGAUAACAGUUUCAACAGCAGGUCAGAAUCAAGCUCAGCACCCAGUGCUGCCCAGCAGCACAGUUCAGCCUUCGAAUCUGGAGCCUAACAAAAUGCCAGUGCCUACUGUAGAGGCUGAACAUUCCACAUCCCUGAAAAAGAUUACAGCUCCACAUGCAGACCAGGUUCAGACUCAGCACUCAAACUUAACUUCAGUCACAGGUCAGCCUUCAAAUCUGGAACUUACUACUCAACCUUCAGUAAAUGCCUUGACUGUGCAAAAGGAAAAGACCACCACCAGGAGUAUCAACAUUUGCAAGCUGUGUACCUGCAGAAAUGAGACGUUGUUAUGUACUGGGCUCAGUCCAAGUCAGAAGCUCCACCAAGUGCCUGUGCCAGCGCCCGACACCUACAAUGGCACCUUCACCAUCUUAAAUUUCCAGAAAAACUUUAUUUCCUACAUUGAUGAAAAUGUAUGGAAAUCAUAUCCUUGGGCUGAGAAAAUAAUUCUCAGUGAAAAUCAUUUGACUGAAUUACAUAAGGAUUCAUUUGAAGGCCUAAUAUCACUCCAGCAUCUGGAUUUAUCCUGUAAUAACAUACAGUCUAUUGAAAGACGUACAUUUGAACCACUACCUUUCUUGCGCUUUUUAAAUCUUGGUUGUAAUUUACUCACAGAACUGAGCUUUGGCACAUUUCAGGCAUGGCAUGGGAUGCAGUUUUUGCAGAUGUUAAAUCUCAGUCACAAUCCUCUGACAACUAUUGAAGAUUCCUUCCUGUUUAAAUUGCCAGCAUUAAAAUAUUUAGACGUCAGCAGAACACUUGUGUCACUCAACACAAUCGAGAACAUCCUCAUGAUGACUCUCGAAUUGCAGAAGCUGAUCUUACCUAGCCAUAUGGCCUGCUGCCUGUGCAAAUUUAAAAAUGACAUUGAGGUUGUCUGCAAAACAAUCAAGCUGCACUGUAGCAAUGCAUGUCUGAGAAACACUACACACUGUUUUGAAGAAGCGUCUAUAAGGAAUCCAAAAGGAACUUUCCUGAAGGCAUUGCAGGCCCGGAAGAGGAACACUAGCACUGAACUGAUAAUUGAGCCAGAGGCGCAAGUGUCACAGACACUCAACCUCAAUGUUCCAGACUUUGUGAACGAGCUGCUAGACUUUAAAGAUGAAAGCGAAGUCAUUAGUGCACUAAAUUAUGUACUGCCUUAUUUGUCAGGUGGCAAUCCAGGAAAUAUCAAGUCAGUGUUGCCAUUCAUUACACCAAUUUUUUCAAAAGUCCAUGACAGAGGUAAAUUCCUUGGUUUCCUGAAAACCAAGAAAAGGAGCCCCUCUCUUAAACCAGUAUACAACAAUUCAGCUUACAAAAGUAAGUUGAGGAGGCUGCUCUUUCUGCAAAAUAUAAUAAAUGCAAAAAUCCAAGAAAAAAUUGAUGAGGUUAAACAAAGAGAAAACACUGCCAUGCAAAUACAGCCUGUCUUGUUAGAUCCCAAAUUUAAACGCCACCUCUUUCCAAAGAAACUGGAAAUGGCCCACUCACAGCAGAGCAGCCUGGCAAGCACCCCAAGCACAAGGCAAAGGUUACAGAAAGGGGAAAAAGUCAUCAAGGGGCCAAAGGGCCUAAGAAAAAGGCAGCAGCAGGAGACAAUCAGGAGGCAGAACGUGCGCCCCCUUGUGGAGGGCACUGUGCAAGGCCGGCUGGGGAGCACAGGAGACAGGGAGCAGGAGGAGCUUCAUGUGGCCCAGAGGCCCUGGAACUUGGUGGCCAACUCCUUCCACCCAGCGCCCCCACUCACAGAGGAGCACAACGCCAGGGCCACUUCUUCCCUGAAGAAGUACAUCAGGGGCGGGCCAUCUGCUGCAGCCCGUGCAAAGUCCCUCCCUGAGGGCAGAAACGAAGAAAAAGACUUAACCUACACCAUGCUUCCUUUCGAAGAUACAAAGGCUAGCGCAAAAAAGACAGAGGCAGCAGAACCAAGCUCAUAUUCCAGGGUGAAUUACCAUUUACGGAAAACAUAUCCUCAUCCUGUCUUCAGAACACCCAAGGCCAAACUCAGGAGAGUAUUCAGGAGGAAAAAUUCCCUCAAGGCAAAGAUGUCAGUAAGAGAGCCUCCGUUCCUUGCACUGCAAAGUCUCGUCAACUCCCCUCCCCAAGAGCCUUCUCCGACUUCACCAGACCUGAGUUCUCAGGGAAGGCCUUCUGUGGAAGUCAUUGCUCGUCUGGUAUCUGUGACAGAAGGUGUUACUGAAGACAACAACACUGCAGAAGAUGACUUAGAAAACUCUUUGGCAGAUGACAUGGUUCUGCCAGAAGAUAUGCCCCCCGCCGACACAAUGCAGGGGCAUCCUUCGGUGGCAGGCUCCCCUGGGACUACACUCAACUCCAUGCUGACCGCUAAGCAGACAAGCGAAAGGCAACGGCAGUACCCCAAAACGGGCACGAACAUCCCCUCCCCGCCCACAGGCAUCACCUACUCCUUGCAGGCCUCCUCAGGCGAUGAGUUUGAACUUCAGCUAAGCCAGCAACUACGGUCCCUCAUCCCCAACAAUGACGUGAGAAAGUUCAUCUCAUACGUUAUCAGGACUCUGAAAAUGAACUGCUCUGAGCCCCACGUGCAACUGUCCUGUGCCAAACUCCUCGCCAGUACAGGCCUCCUCAUGAAGCUCCUCAGUGAGCAGCUGGAAGCAAAGCUGGCCAAGGCAGAAUGGGACAUGGAACAGUGGGAACAAUGGAAAACGGAGAACUACAUCAGCGAGAGCCCAGAAGCUCAGGGUGAUGCAAAAAUGACUGAGUCAAGUGAGCUCACAAAGGAGGAGGUUCCAGGAUUCGGCUAUAACAACAAACUCAUCUUGGUGCUAUCUGUGGUUUCAAUAGUGGUGGUUUUGGCUAUCAUUUUCUUUUUCAUUGAGAUUUACCCUCAUGCUUGUAGGAGAGGAGCAGAGGAUGACAUAGAAAAAUAUCCAAGGUAAGUACCAGCCUGCAAUUUUUAAAUCAGAAGUUUGGGAUUAGACGAG